AUGGCCGAAAUUAAAAGCCAAAAUAUUUCGGCUGCGGUUCGUAGAGCAACGCAUGAUGCUAUUGCGGCCGUAGAGUCAGCGUUCGAAAAAGCCAUGGUGGUGAAUGCUUUGGCGGAAAUUUUGAUGCAAAACGAACAAAUGGGAGGCACAACAAGAGGUAACUGGUCUAUAAUCACCAUAGUGAACCAUUUCUCCAAUUAUCUUGGAGCCCAUCCUGUGCCAGAUAAGAAAGCUGACACUAUCGCAGAAGUAAUUUUCAGCCAAUGGAUAUGCAUCGGAGGCCGCUGGCCAGAGAGCAUCUUCUCCGAUCGUGGCGGAGAGUUUGAAAAUGCUGUUGUCAAGUUACUCUGCCAUGUUCCAAAUAUCAAGCGGAACUUCGCAAAAAGAUAUUGCCCACGUGAAAAUGGAUUGACUGAAAGGGCGAACAGGACGACUAUGCGUAUUUUCAAGAAGAAGGCUGUCGUUCCUGCGUAA